AGCGCAGGGCCUGGCUUGGUUUUGAAUGAGUGUCAGUUCUCUCGUAUCCCCCAGGAUCGAGCUGCCUGCUGCUGCUGCUGUAGGGACACACCGGGAUUUAGCUGCUCUCGCCUGCUGCGACGAUGGACAGCGAGGUGCAGAGGGAUGGCAGGAUCCUGGAUCUGAUCGAUGAUGCGUGGAGGGAAGAUAAAUUGCCCUACGAGGAUGUGGCCAUCCCUCUGAAUGAGCUCCCUGAACCGGAGCAAGACAACGGUGGUACCACUGAGUCUGUGAAAGAGCAAGAAAUGAAGUGGACAGAUUUGGCUCUCCAGUAUCUCCAUGAAAACGUUCCACCCACGGGAAAUUAGUGAAUCAGUGGAAUUUCAUACAGUGGAUGCAUGAAUGCAACGUAAAAAUAUUUUUUAGCUGACCACUGCUGUCCUAAGCUGCCCUGAGAACGAAACAAUAUUACGGAAACUCAGAUUCCAGCAGUGGUACUGCUCACAAUGAAGAGUUUAAAAUGCUUCUUUCUUGAAUGUGAAAUAGCAGAGGCUCUGAUAUCUCAGAGCCAAGCGCAAAAUGUUUCAUGCUUAUAAGAUUAUUUAAUGUUUUCUGUUAAAUUGUUCUUAAGUUGGUGCCAAUUCUGAUCUUAAAUGUUUUCUGCACAUGAUUAAAAAGUUUUUACUGUCUCGAAUUGCA